AUGCGUUUGUUGUCAUCUUUUAAAGACAGAAAUGGAGCUGUAAUUGCCAGAUAUUUCGAAUCAAUGGCACAGAGAGAACAUAAAGAAAAAACAGGCAAAGUGGAGCAGCACAAAACCAAAAUGCUCCACUACAGCAGGAGGAAGAGGAAAUUGCAGUGGAGAAAGUCCAUGGUGGAAAAAAAAACUGGGUGGGAUGAGGCAAAGAAGAGACGUGUCGGUGAUGCUCUGGUGCUGUCAUAUAUGUCAUCAGAGGAUGAGCACAACACCGACGAUGAAAGUUUUUUAAAAACCAAACCUCUUCGUUGGAGAUAAGAGGAAUAUGUGAAAAUAUUGGAUGAUCUUGAUUGCAAAUAUGACAGGUCUAUGUCUAAGCGUUCGCGCAGACAAAUGAUGAAGCGAAUUAAAGGUGACAUUCCCUCAGCAAGGCAGAAACCGGCCCAAAUUGAACCGGGGCAUGAAUGGGUGUUUGCUCAUUGAAGCAAUAAUAGCUGCCAUUUUAGUGUCAAAAGGUUUUGUAAAACUUUUUAUUUCUUCAUUGAAAAUUUGAAAUUUUUCAAAACUAUUUUAAAAUAUAACGCCUGAAGAUUAUGAAAUGAAAGCGCUUGCGUUAAAAUUUUAACUUUGUGUACUGUUUAUUUUAUUUCUUUUAAUAUUUUAUACCGGACACUGAUUUAAAAAAAAAAAACAAUUUGGAUAUACAUGUUUAUAUAUGUGUGUGUGUGUAUGACUGUUUAUAUGUGUGGAUGUGUUACUUUGUAAAUAAAAACGCUACAUGUCAUAUGGCUACCA